GAUAUUAAAUUUUUAUUUCCAUCAAAAAAUAAUCAAAUUAAUUUUUGUAAUUUAUAGCUUCAAAUUUACAAAGUUCAAAUAGUUCAAUUAAUUUUUAUUAUAAACAGGAUGUUGACAAGAUCUAGGAACACAAGGACUUGUUCGAUCCUUUCUGCAAUAUCCGUCUUUACACAUGCAUCCAACUCUACAAUCUCUAUUCAAAGCAGCUGAGCAUGAGCAAUCAUUACGUGAACUUGAUUCACAGUUUUUGAAAAUAACUUCAUUAUCACCACAUUCGUCGACUGCAUGAAUUAAAGCAAAAGCUACUGAUAAGAUGACAAAAAUUAAAAUCAGUGUGACUUGCUUCAUCGUUGAUGAUUUAAUGAGACUAGAAAUUAUUAAUUCGUGUGUUUUAUAAUCUCUCAAUGGAGAUGUUCAAAAUUGAACUGAUUCAGCAGUGCUAUAACUAAGCAUUACUUAUUGCAUUGGGGGUAAACUGUCUGUAAACACAAAUUGAGCAUAGACAUGAAUUAUGAAUUACUUCAUUAAUCAGAGAGUUUUGACUUUUUGAUGAGAAAUUUCAUCACAGUCAGGCGAAAGUCACUAGCUGUGCAUAUACUUGCUUUUUUUACUCAAAUCGAAACAACAGUGCUAAUACAGUAGUCAAUUCAACAAUACUUAUCCUAGUUUUUAAUCAACUUUAUUGAUAAUCUUCAAUAAAAAAAAAACAUUCAGUUUCAUGCAAAAUAAGGAUGUUGACAGGAUCGUUGAACACAUGAGCUUGAGAAGUCUUUCCUGCAGUAUCCAAUAUUACACAUGCAUCCAAGUCUACAGUCUCUUCUCAAAGUAUCCGAGCAGUCACAACUAUUUCGUGUACUUGAUUGACAUUGAUUGAAAAAGCUUUCAUUAUUGCCGCAUUCGACAUCUGCUAAUGGAAGUUCAAUAUUAUGUGCAAUUACAUCAUCAGCACAAGUGUCUCACUCACUUUCGCAAUUUUAGUCAUUAAAUAACAUUCAUGCGAGACGCACAAAUCAUGUGGCUUCUUAUCAAUAUUAUUUUUAUUCUUAAUGUGAGCACUAGAGUCAAUGUUAAUGGAUAUGAUGUAAAUGAGGUUCAUGCUUGUGGACAAAAUGAAUUCUGGUCCGAACGACCUUACUUAUGUGGCUUCAAAUGCACACCAAAUGGAAUUGAUAUAAAAUGUGACGAUACUCGAAAACAUCCAGGUUGUGACUGUCUUUUUAGCUUCUACCUCAACAUGGACACAAUGAAGUGCGAAAAAAUAAAAUGCAAAAAUAUGAACUGCAUCGGACGUGCAAAUGAGCAGCUUUUUGAGUGCGAAUCAAGUCGACGUGAUCGAUGUGAAUGUACCGAGAGGAUUACGAUGGACUGUAAUCAUGGAUGCAUGUGUAUGAAUGGAUAUUGUCGAGUUAAUGGAACAUGUGUCAAGCGAAGCUGUCAUCAUUCAGUUUAUAGCUGAAGAUUGGUAUAAAUUAUAGAAUGUGUGUACAUAAUUAGCUUGGUCUAGGUAUUAUCAGAAUGUAAACA